AUGAACCCUGGAUUCAUUGUUACCAUUACUUAUACGAGUUCUAGUAGAUGGGAUACUGAUGAUGUGGUAAAACAACCUAUAAAGGAACGUAUUGUUGGGCAUGAUGUUAUAGGAAUUACUGAUGAUUUCCAGAUGACACCUCAAUUAGAAAAACUUUUUAAUGAUAACGAAGAUAUUCUUGAAACUAAUUUAGUUAGUGUUCAAAGUAUUAUGAAGAAAUAUCGAAAGUUUUAUCAUGAUGAGGCGAAAUGGAAAGAAGAUACACUUAGCUACGGAUUUUUUUUCAACGUUUAUGAUAAUCCCUCGAUACCACUAGAAGCAUUACCGGUAUUGUUGGUAUCAACCGAGAACAAUCAUCUCGUACAAUCUAUUCCUGAAAGUGACUACCCAAGUUUAGUUUAUUUGUAUGAACGUAUGAGAAUCGUUAAUUUAUCAAGAGUUCAUCAAUGGUGGUACUUGUUUUGGGAAGACUUAUGGAGAAAAAAUAAUAAAGAGAUACCACAUUUAUCUAAAAAUCCACGGGAUUUUUCACCUGCAUAUAGUGUUAGUAUAUGUUACAAGCCAAUGACAAGAUUAGAGCUGGAAGAAUUUUUGGAAAAAAGAGGGUGUUGGCAAAAUGGUGGCAAAAAAGGAUUUUUGCAUUCUGGUGUUUUAAAUAGGAUAUAUUUGUAUUUAAACAAUGUUGUAUUUCACGGAAACUAA